UUCAAAAUUUGAUAAAUGUAAAGGCAAAUUAGUGCAUAUGCGCUUACAUCAUCCACUUUCAGAGAUAUGCGCAAAUAACAUUAAAACUAAGAGCCAAAGCAAGGUUUGCUACGUGGAUAACGGAAAGACAAAGGUUCGGUAUAUUUAUGCGAAAACACUCCGGUCACAAACACAGCAUCAUUGUUAGAGAAACAAAACCAUAGUCUUUGGUCUGUUUUCAUGGAAAAAACAGUUCAUAUAGCUGUUGUUUCUUGUCCUGGUUUCAGCCACCUUGUCCCUAUAGUUGAGUUCACUAAGCGACUUGUCAAACUUCAUCCAAAUUUUCAUGUUACCUGCAUCGUUCCCUCACUUGGGUCAACACCAGAAUCCUCCAUAGCUUACCUUAAAACUCUUCCUUCAAACAUUGACUCCAUCUUUCUUCCUCCAAUCAGCAAAGAACAAUUUCUCCAAGGACUACACUUGGGACUCCAAAUUCAACUCACAGUUACUCUUUCUCUCCCAUCAAUACACGAGGUUCUCAGAUCCUUGUCAUCUAAAGUCCGUUUAACUGCACUUGUGGCUGAUGCUUUCGCAUUCCAAGUCUUGGAAUUUGCAAAGGAGCUCCACUCCUUGUCCUAUAUUUACUAUCCUGGUUCAGCUAUGGUAUUGUCACUGAACUUACAUCUGCCAAAACUUGAUGAGGAGGUUUCAGGUGAGUUUAAGGAUCUGGCGGAACCUAUAAAGUUACCAGGUUGUGUACCACUCUUGGGGGUUGAUUUUCCUUCCCUAACCCAAAAUCGAUCAAGUGAAGCUUACAAGAGUUUGCUUGAACGCGCCAAAGCGAUGGUUAUAGCUGAUGGGAUUAUCAUGAACACCUUUUUAGAAAUGGAACCAGGUGCUAUAAGAGCAUUGGAAGAAUCGGUAAAUGGGAAGAUCAAACUGUACCCUGUGGGACCCUUUACACAGAAAGGGUCAAACAAUGAGGAUGAUGAGUGUUUAAGAUGGUUGGACAAGCAGCCAGCUUGUUCAGUGUUGUAUGUUUCUUUUGGAAGUGGUGGAACACUGUCUCAACACCAGAUCGACGAGCUAGCUUUGGGUUUGGAAUUGAGUGGUCAAAGGUUCUUAUGGGUUUUGAGAGCACCAAGUAAUCUACCUAAUUCUGCUUACUUUGAGACUGUUAUUAUUUUAUAAUAUUGCAAAAGAUAAGUAACGUUGGUGCAUUCCGCAAUUUCCUCGGACGGUUUCUAUCAAUGUCAGUUUUGUUGCCUAAUUUUUCCCACAAGGCACGCUGUA